AUGAAGUUCUCAGCCCUUGCCGCAAGCCUGUGCAGUCUUGCCGCGUUUUCCAGCGCCAACCUGGACGAAAAACGAGCGUUUAACGUGGCCUUAACUUUUUAUGGUGUUGACGGAUCCUCUUACGGGGAAAUAUUUCCAGCAGAUACCACAUCAGUCCGCAUUGAUAACCCCACUGUGGUUAAGAGCAUCUGGUCAAACAGAGGAGGAUUUUGUACCAUCAUUGGCGCUGAUGGUAGCUCCGUUGUUAUCGCGGGAGAGGGAAACUAUACUGUGAAUCCUCCCCAGGUCCAGGUUCGGGGAGUCUGUGACAACCUGUGA